UCUUACUUUCUUUCCUUUUUACUUUAGUUCCUUUUUCUUUCGCUUAUUGAACACUUUUUCUUUCAAGUUACUGGACUUUCCCUUUUGACUUUAUUGACGUACAAACUUUUUGUCCUUAAUGUAUUCGUCAUCGCCACAAUCGUGUCAAUAUUAUAGCAACACUAGCGACAACAAUAAUACCAAUGUCAAACACGAACAUCACGGAAAAUACAAUAGCGAUAAUAACAAUGUUGUGAAUUCAGAUACUGGAUCUACUCCAUCUUGGCACCAAUAUGAUAAUGACUAUAGUCUUGGUUCACCUACUCCUUCAACCUCACCUUCUUUUCCUUUACAACACUAUUCUUCCAUGUUGACACCUACCUCUACUCCCUAUGUCUUGUCUCAUUCGACUAGUGCUUUACCUCCUACUCAUCACUUUGAAUCAACACCAAACAACAACAACAACAUUAAUAGUACUGGUUUAGGAACUCCGUUAAAUUCACAUUUACCUUCUUAUGGUUAUGGAUUAUCUCAUCGAGGCUUUUUUCCAAGACCAAAACUUACUACGACUUUAUGGGAAGAUGAAAGGACAAUAUGUUUUCAAGUAGAUGCCAAUGGUAUUUGUGUAGCAAGACGCGAAGACAAUGAUAUGAUUAAUGGAACCAAGUUAUUAAAUGUAGCUGGUAUGUCAAGAGGUAAACGUGAUGGAAUACUCAAGAAUGAAAAAGGUCGUGUUGUGGUUAAAGUAGGAGCUAUGCAUUUAAAAGGUGUUUGGAUCACAUUUGAUCGUGCAAAAAUACUUUCAGCUCAAUUCAAAAUUCAAGAUAUCCUUUAUCCUCUUUUUGUCGACAAUCCUCAAACUUUCUUAUAUAGUCAUCCUAUCACAAGUCCAAUCUCUCGCCUUGGUCCUUUCCGUCCUUAUUUUUCUUCUUCUUGGGAUCGUACAUUGUCUUCUCCAACUACUCCAACUACUCCAACAAAUUCCAAUGCUUCUAGUACUACUACUACUACUACUUCAUCUUUAUUACAACCACAACACGGUCUUGAUUCUUCAGAUACGAAUAUAGCUGCACCUCUAGGUUACCGAACGUCUGGAAGUCUUCCACCUCAUUCUUCUGCUUCUUCAUUUGGUAGUAGUGGCAAUCAUGAUCUUCUACCCAUGGAUUAUCGUUCGGGUGGAUCUACCUCGGAUGGACUAACGGACCAACUCAAUUCUACUUCCUCUACGUCACAUGGUUCAGCUUCUUCCUAUUACAAUGAUUUAUUGGAUACAAACCAUCGUGCAAAUGAUUUGGCUAUUUAUGAUACAUCCAACAACAAUAGUGGUCGUGAACCUAACAAGAUGAUGACAUGCACAAGUUCUUCACCGAGACCGACUAGUCACUCUUUGUUAGCCAAUAGUGAAUCUUCUAUAUUGUUAGACACGUCAAAACGAUCGAAUUCUGGAUUACAAUCUCCUUCUGCCUUUCAAGCAUUGGACACUACCAACACUACCACGACUUUUCAUCAUCCUCAACCUAUUUAUAUGGAUCCUGCUAACACUUCUUCUUCUUCCAGAGAUCAUUAUCAUCAACAGUUCCAUUUAUCAAGUUCACAUAUCAAUCCCAAUAAUAACAAUAGUAACAGUAUUUUAAAUGACCUAUCAUCACCCAAUAUCACAUCAUCGUCAACAAAUGAACUUGGAACACGACGGGAUAAUUUAGUAAUGAAUCAUCAUUUAAGGAAUGGUACUCAAAGACAUCAUCCCUAUGCCAAUUGUACGACAUCACCACCGCCACUCCCGAAAUUGUCAAGUACACAAGAACAUUCAGGAUCUCUUCAACUCAAGAAACCUUCCAUCUCAAGGCAUCAUCAUCCUCCUCCUCCACUUAAUUUCACAUCAUCAACAAGAAAUUUAGCAAAGGAUACUACAGAAGACAUAUCACUCAAGACAAAUUCGGAUCAUACUACUCGACCUUGGUAAUUGAUAACUAAAUGAUUGAAUAUUUAUGUUAGUACUAGGAUAGUAUAGUAAAAUAGUUUUCCCUC